AUGGCAGCUAUGACCCUGAAAACCCAGCACAAGGAGGCGGUGACCUUCGAGGACGUGGCUGUGUACUUCACUCGAACAGAAUGGGCUGGACUUUCUCCCACACAGAGGGCUCUGUACAGACAUGUGAUGCUGGAGAAUUAUGGGAACUUGACUUUCCUGGGAUACCCCGUUCCCGAACCUUCUCUGAUCUCCCUUCUGGAGGGAGGGGAUUUGCCUUGGGGCCUGGAGACACAGGAUGAUCCACCUGCAGAAAGGACCAAAGACAUCUGUAAAGAUGCUGAGACCAACAUUCCCAGUGACUCCACAUCAACACAAAGAAUCUCUGGAGAAAGAGACAUGAUAUCAUGUGGGCUGCAGAAGAGUGUUCCUCAGGGAACUGACUUUCCAGAAACAUGUGAAGUGGAGAAGCAUCAGGAAAUCCCCAUAGUGAAAAGUAUUAGAGGAAAGUUUGAGAGAAUCCACUGUGUAGGGAAACCCUUCAGAUGUGACGAGUGUGGGAAAUGCUUCAGCUCUUUUUCUUACUAUGUUAGACACCAGAGAGUCCACACUGGGGAGAAACCCUAUCCAUUCCGCGGCGGCCGCUUUCAGGAAAUAGAGGCUGAAAAUACGGGUGGAAGACCAAGUCCUUAG